AUGGGUGUCAAAAAAUUACCGUCAUAUCGGGAUUACUGGUCAUCUAAUCCUCAAUUGCAUGAUGAAUACAUAGCUUCUUUGAUGACAGUGAAUCGGUUCGGUUUCCUUCUUAGUCACUUACACGUAAGUGAUAACAGUAAAGAACCAAAAAAAGGAGAUCCGAAGUAUGAUAAAUUAUAUAAGUUGAGACCUGUAAUUGAGGCACUUAGCGAGACGUUCAAAACCUGUUGGAAACCGGGAAAAUAUCAAUCAAUUGAUGAGUCCAUGAUAAAAUUCAAAGGACGAAAUAUUAUGAAACAAUACAUGCCUGCCAAACCAAUAAAACAUGGUUAUAAGUCUGGGACAAGAGCAGAUGAAUCUGGCUUCGUAUGCGAAUUCCAAAUAUAUACUGGAAAAACAGAGUCAACAGAGAAACAAUUAGGUGCUCGAGUAAUAAAGGAUCUAACGCGCGAACUUGUUAGUGGAAACCACCAUGUCUAUUUUGACAAUUUUUUUACGGGGGUAGAUCUUUUAGUUAGUUUAAAAAAAGAUAAUAUUUUCGCAUGUGGUACCGUUAGAUCAAAUCGAUCAAAAUUGCCGAAAAGCCAGAAGCCGGAUAAAAGUUUUAAAAUAGGAGAUUAUGAAUCUAGAACAUCAACCACAGGCCUGCAGUGGAUCAAAUGGAUGGAUAAAAAGCCGGUAUACUUUUUAUCCAAUUAUCAUGAUCCUUCUGAAACCACUGUAGUCAAUCGUCGGCAAAAGAAUGGAUCGUUGCUACCCAUCAAUUGUCCAGUUGUAUGUGCUGAUUACAACAAGCACAUGGGAUAUGUUGAUCAUGCUGACAGAUUGGUAGCAACAUAUAAAAUUGAUCGAAAGUCCAAAAGAUGGUGGUUGAGAAUUUGA